AAAUCGAUUCAGUUGUAUGCAGGGAUAAUGCACUGGAGCCCAAGCCCGCAGGACGGAGAGUCUGCUGGGAGACUCGCAGUUUAAUCCCCUGGGCUCCUCCCUCCCUGCAGCAGGCCUGCCGGGGGCUUCUCUGCUCCCCGAGAGCUCUGGGCGGCGGAUCUGCUCUGCUCUCUGCCCUGUGGCAGGAGGAAGCUUGGCUCUGCAUCUCCUAUGAGGCUGCUUCCAGCUCUGUAAUGUUUUCCGGUCCCAUGAGAUGGAAAUUGACCAGGGCCUGCUGGAGUCGCUCCCCCUGGGCCAGCGGCAGCGGCUGGUAAGGCGGAUGCGGGGAGCCCAGGUCCGGGGCUACUACGAGCGGGAGAAGGCUCAGCAGAGGCAGCAGGACCCGGACGGCGCCCCGCGCUCGCUCAGGCCUGGCCAGACCCUCAAGGUCCGCUUCCACCUGGCUGACAUGCUGCAGGACGCCAUCGCCCGCCAGGACAACAAGGAAGCUCUGCAGCUGCUGAAGGAGGGGGCCGACCCGCUGACCCCCACCUGCUCCGGUGGCUCCCUGCUGCACCUGUGCGCUCGCUCCGACAACGCCUUCAUGGCCGAGGUCCUGAUUGACCGCGGGCUCGGUGUGGACCAGCAGGACGAAGAUUUCUGGACGCCCAUGCACGUGGCGUGCGCCUGUGACAGCCCCGACGUGGUCCUGCUGCUGCUCGUGGCCGGGGCCAGUGUGCUUCUGCAGGACGGCAGCGGGAACCUCCCCCUGGAUUACGCCCUCGAGGGGACUGAGUCCAGCUCCAUCCUGCUGACCUAUCUGGAGGAACAAGGAGUGGACCUGGCUUCUCUGCGUCAGAUGAAGCUUCAGAGACCCACGAGGAUGCUCGCAGACGUCACCCACCUCUUAGCAAGUGGAGGAGACGUCAAUGAGAAGAAUGAGGAGGGGGUGACGCUGCUGCACAUGGCUUGUGCCAGCGGCUACAGGGAGGUGGUGUGUCUGCUCCUGGACCACGGCGGGGACGUCAACGUCGGUGACAGUCUCUACUGGACCCCCCUACACUUGGCGGCAAAGCACGGCCAGACACACCUGGUGAAGCUGCUUCUGGGGCGUCAGGCCAACCCACACCUUCUGAACUGCCGUGAAGAGAAGGCCUCAGAUAUAGCUGCCACGGAGUUCAUUGAGGAGAUGCUUCUGAAAGCUGAAAUGGCCUGGGAAGAGAACGGGAAAGAGCCUUUCUGUGUCCCUGAGCUGCCACAGGAGGAGACCUAUGAAGAGAUCCUUCCAGAGUGUCCCGCCUUGCCGAGCAGGCU